ACACUCAACGGCGCCAGCCUUCAAGGCACCUCCGCGUCACGUGCACGCUCCCCACGUCAAUCAACGCUCGAGCUCCGAAGCAGUUCCUCCCCACACCACGCACGCUACAAUGCCCUCCUCAGACUACACAUCCGCUGCGGGCGGCGCCCUCAAACUAAAAGGUGUUGGCGGCAUCGACAAAAAGAAGAAGAAAAAGAAGCCCAAACCCAGCGACCCAUCCCCGUCCUCCGAAACCCGCGCCGACGUCACAGAACGUCCCUCCUCCUCCAUGGAAACCCCCAAAUCGCCGUCACACACACCAGGACGCUCUCUAUCCCCCGAAUCCGCCGAACGCGCAAUAAAACAAGCUGGCGGGCGCCAGAAGACUGAGGCAGAAAGGCGGCACGAGGAAAUGCGGAGGAAACGGCUGGAGGAAAAGCUGAAGCGCGAGGGCGUCAAGACGCACAAGGAGAAGGUGGAGGAGUUGAAUAAGUAUCUGAGUGGGUUGAGCGAGCAUCAUGAUAUGCCGAAGAUUGGGCCGGGCUAAGGUGGAUGGGAGGGACUGUAUGCUGUCGGGAGCAGCUGCAGCGUAAAGAUAGCAUGGGAGAGGGCAGAAGACGGGGAAUAUCAUUUUAUGGAGGGAGAUCACGGCAACAGUGGCGGUGUUCAGGCGCGCAAUGGGCAAUUCAUUGCAUGUGAAGGCGUUCAAAAAAGGGGCGUUCUUUCUUCAUUCCAACUGAAGCUCCUCCUCGAA